AUUGCAAUGGCGGAGCUGGUGGUCACCAUGGCAAUCCGCCCACUGGUGUCCAUGGUGAGGGACAAGGUGUCCAGCUACCUCCUCGACCAGUACAAUGUGAUGGAGGGAAUGGAGGAGCAGCACAAGACUCUCAAGCGCAAGCUUCCAGCCAUUCUCGACGUCAUCACCGACGCCGAGGAGCAGGCGACGGCACACAGAGAAGGUGCCAAAGCCUGGCUCCAGGAGCUCAAGACAGUGGCCUAUGAGGCGAAUGAAGUCUUCGAUGAGUUCAAGUAUGAAGCACUCCGUCGUGAAGCCAGGAAGAAGGGGCACUACAGAGAGCUUGGCUUUGAUGUAAUUAAGCUCUUCCCUACUCACAACCGUGUUGCGUUCCGUUACAAAAUGGGUCGCAAGCUUUGUCUGAUUCUGCAAGCCGUUGAGGUCCUCAUAGCAGAGAUGCAGGUCUUUGGGUUCAAGUACCAACCACAGUUACCGGUGUCCAAAGAGUGGAGACAGACAGACUAUGUUAUCAUCGACCCACAAGACAUUGCGAGCAAAUCCAGACACCAAGAGAAGAGGAAGAUUGUUGAUAUACUACUUAGUCAAGCUAGCAGUUCAGAACUCGCAAUUGUUCCCAUUGUUGGAAUGGGAGGCCUUGGCAAGACCACAUUAGCACAGCUCAUAUACAAUGAACCUGAAGUUCAGAAGCAUUUUCAGUUGCUGCUUUGGGUCUGUGUCUCUGAUACCUUUGAUGUGAACUCCCUGGCCAAGAGUAUAGUUGAAGCAUCUCCCAAGAAAAAUGAUGGUAUAGACAAACCACCGCUACAUAGACUUCAAAAGUUGGUCAGCGGGCAGAGGUAUCUCCUUGUAUUGGAUGAUAUCUGGAACAACAAAGAGUUACGCCAGUGGGAAAAGCUGAAGGUCUGCUUGCAUGGUGGCAUGGGCAGUGCAGUGUUGACAACAACUCGUGAUAAACGAGUUGCUGAAAUUAUGGGUGCAGAUAGGGCAGCCUACAAUCUCAAUGCUUUGGAGGAUCGCUUCAUAAAGAAAAUUAUUGAGGCUAGAGCAUUCACCCCAGACAAACAAAAGAAUGUUGAACUAGUGGAGAUAGUUGAUGAGAUUGUGAAGAGAUGUCGUGGCUCUCCGUUAGCUGCAACUGCACUGGGUUCUGUACUUCGCACCAAGACCAGUGUGGAAGAAUGGAAGGCUAUAUCAUCUAGAAGCAGCAUUUGCACUGAUGAAACUGGAAUUUUGCAAAUAAUCAAGCUUAGCUACAACGACUUGCCCGCACACAUGAAGCAGUGCUUUGCUUUCUGUGCUGUGUUUCCCAAGGACUACAAGAUCAAUGUGGUGAAGCUGAUCCAACUAUGGAUUGCAAAUGGCUUUAUCCCAGAACACAAGGAAGAUAGUCUUGAAACCAUUGGAAAACAUAUUUUCGAUGAGCUGGUCUCAAGGUCAUUCUUUAUGGACCUAGAGGAAAGUAAGGACUACGACAGGUAUUAUUCCAUAACUACUUGUAAAAUCCAUGAUCUUAUGCAUGAUAUUGCAAUGUCUGUUAUGGAAAAGGAAUGUGUUUUUGCAACUAUGGAAACAAGUAAAAUUGAGUGGCUUCCAGAUACUGCUCGACAUUUUCUCUUGUCAUGUGAAGAAGCAGAACUUAUAUUAAAUGAUUCUAUGAAGGAAAGAUCCCCUGCUAUUCAAACAUUGCUAUGUGAUAGUAAUGUGUCCAAGCCAUUGCAGCAUCUAUCAAAAUACAACACGUUGCAUGCCUUGAAGCUCUGUCUGAGAACUGAAUCAUUUAUACUCAAACCAAAGUAUUUGCAUCACCUGAGGUACCUUGAUCUCUCACGAAGUUCUAUCGAAGCACUUCCCGAGGAUAUAAGUAUUCUGUAUAACCUGCAAGUGUUGGACCUUUCCAACUGUUGUUAUCUUGAACGACUUCCUAGUCAAAUGAAAUAUAUGACUUUGCUCCGUCACCUCUACACUCAUGGUUGUCUGAAGUUGAAGAGCAUGCCUCCAGAACUCGGAAAACUCACUAAGCUGCAGACGCUUACAUGUUUUGUAGCAGCAGUUACUGGGCCUGAUUGCAGUGAUGUUGCAGAGUUGCAGCAUUUAAACCUUGGUGGUCAGCUAGAGCUAUACCAGGUAGAGAAUGUUGAAAAAGCAGAGGCAAAAGUGGCGAACCUCGGAAACAAGAAGGAUCUCAGUGAACUGACAUUAAGAUGGACUUCUAUUUGUGACAGUGAGGUGCUGGACAAUUUCAGACCUCAUGACAUGCUGCAGGUUCUGAAGAUUUACUCCUAUGGAGGAAAGUGCAUGGGUAUGUUACAAAACAUGGUUGAGAUCCAUCUUGUCCGUUGCGAAAGAUUGAAGUUUUUGUUCAGAUGUAGUAUAUCCUUCACUUUUUCCAAGCUAAAGGUUCUUAUGCUAGAGCAUCUGUUGGAUUUUGAGAAAUGGUGGGAAAAAAAUGAGAGGCAGGAAGAACAGACAAUAUUUCCUGUGCUUGAGAAGUUGUUUAUUAGUAAUUGUGGUAAGCUGCUGACAACGUUACCUGAAGCACCAUUGCUGCAAGGACCUUGUGGUGAAGAUGGUUAUAGAUUGGUACGCUCAGCGUUUCCUGCCCUAAAGGUUCUCAAAAUGGAAGACUUAGAGAGCUUUCAGAGAUGGGAUGCACUCGAAGAGACUCAAGGAGAGCAGAUAUUGUUUCCUUGGCUGGAGGAACUAUCAAUUGAGAAAUGCCCAAAGCUGACAGCGUUACCUGAAGCACCAUUGCUACAAGUACCUUGUGGUGAAGGUGGUUAUACAUUGGUACCCUCAGCAUUUCCUGUCCUCAGGGAGCUCAAAAUGAAAAGGAUGGAGAGUUGUGAGAGAUGGGAUGCUCCUACUGAAGGAGAACAUAUAUUGUUUCCUCAGCUUGAGAAAUUAUCAAUUAAGCAAUGCCCAAAGAUAAUAAAUUUACCUAAGGCACCAAAACUCAGUGUAUUAGAAAUUGAAGAUGGCAAGCAAGAGAUAUGCCAUUGCGUAGACAGAUAUUUGUCUUCAUUGAACAAUCUGAUAUUGAAGCUAGAAUACAAAGAAAUAACAUCAGAGAUUGAUUGCACUUCGAUUGUACCGGUGGAAAGCAAGGAAAAUUGGAACCAGAAAUCCCCCCUUACAGUUAUGCAGUUAAGAUGCUGCAACUCAUUCUUUGGAGCAGGUGCACCAGAGCCGUCAGACUAUUUUGUACAUCUUGAACAGUUGGAAAUUGAUAGAUGCGAUGUGCUUGUCCACUGGCCAGUGAAAGUGUUCCACAGCUUGAUAUCCUUGAGGAGAUUAGUGAUUAGAAACUGCAAAAAUCUUACUGGAUACACACAAGCUCCUCUUGAGCCUUCAACAACUGAAAGGAGUCAAUGCCUGCCAGGUCUCGAGUCUCUUAAGUUAGAAGAUUGUGCAAGUUUGGUAGAGAUGUUCAACGCCCCGGCAUCUCUCAAGUUAAUGCAUAUUUCGUCGUGCCCUAAACUUGAGUCCAUUUUUGGCAAGCAGCACGGCAUGUCAGAGUUCAUUGAAGAAGGUUCUUCUUGCGGUGAGGCGACCGUGCAUGCAGCUGUGUCAGAGUUGCCAUCCUCACCCAUGAAUCAUUUUUGUCCAUGCCUAGAAGAUCUAUUUUUAUCUCGAUGUGGAAGCUUACCAGCGGUUCUAAAUCUGCCUCAAUCCUUAAAGACCUUAGAUAUGUCUUGCUGUAGUAGUAUUCAAGUCCUGACAUGUCAGCCGGGUAGGCUCCAGAAACCAGAAGCCACUACCUCCAUAAGCAGAAGACCUAUCAUGCCAAAGCCACCAGCAGCAUCAGCGACAACUGCAAGAGAGCAUUUACUUCCUCCCCAUCUCGAAUCUUUAGUACUAUGGAACUGUGCUGGCAUGUUGGGUGGGAUUCUCCGUUUGCCUGCACCCCUCAAGAGACUGGACAUUGUUGGCAACAGUGGGUUGACAUCGCUGGAGUAUCUGUCAGGAGGGCACCCCCCAUCGCUUCGAGCCCUUGACCUUCGAAGCUGCAGUGACCUGGCAUUCCUGCCGAAUGAGCCGCAAGUAUACAUGUCCCUCUUCUUUCUUGAAAUUACAGGCUGUCCUUCUAUAAAGAAGCUCCCUAGAUGCCUGCACCAGCAGCUGGGAAGCAUCAAAUACAAACGACUAGAUGCCCAGUAUGUAGUAACGGAAUUCAAACCAUUGAAACUGAGGACAUGGAAGGAGAUACCCAGGCUAGUCCGUGAGCGGAGGCAGGCCAGCCGGAGUUGAAGGCCAUUCAGCUUUUAUUGCAUGGAAAAUCUCGAGAGGUCAGGAAGUUCCUGCAAUUAACAACAGGAGAAUAGCAUUGCAUCCUGUUAAAUAAAGGAGGAGAAGAGGUGGAAACCACAUGGAGAGGGCAUAAUAUGCACUCUGUUUGCGUCAAAUAAUGUACCACUGGGUUAGUUAUGCCAUUAUUGUAAUUUGAGCCCCUGAACAUCUACCAGGCUAUAGUAUACAGUUGUGAGCAUGAACACUCGUACUUGUGGGUUAUAUAAUGUCGAAUCACUAUAUGCCGUGAUUAAUUUCAGGGGUAGGGCAGCAUGUGUUAAAUCGUUCCAGCAACACGUUUUCCUGUGCAGCAGGUGCUGAUU